CUCAUUUGAUUUUGUACCACAAACUACUUUCUUGUCGUCUAGCCACUGUGAUGCGAAAACUUUAUCUGUCCUUCCCAAUGAAAGUUCUCUUUCUUUCAACAAGGCAGGUAUGUGUCGUGAUGUGAGAUCCGUCACAAACGAUUCAUUAAGGAAUGUUUUGCUAACUUGGCGAGUUCGCACAUGUUUGAAUAAGGACAUCCUAGAUCGAAGCGAUCGUUUUUAGUAAGCCCUCCACUGACAUAACCAGAAUAAUAAUAAUAGACGGAAACAAUUAAAUGUCGACUUCGCUGACGAAGGGUCCACAAUCGAUCACCAAAGAAGGUAGACCCAAGAAGACAAGACAAAGGCCGGGAACAUAAUGAUCGUCAGUGGUACCUCGAUGGGAACCACAAUCACGCAACUUAUAAAUCCAGCUUAUAAAUGCCAGAAUAUUCCUGGAUCACGUACAGAAUUGAAGCUGAUUGAAGUUGAACAACGAACGUGAUGUACAAAGCAAAAAAACACGUCAGUGCGUCAACGCCAGAAAAUUGAAUCACCGAUCGGACAAAACAGUCCUGAAAAGAAAAGAAAGACCAAGAAAUAGAGAAAAAUCCCUCUUAAUGACCGAAACGUAAAUCCAAAGUAAAACAAAACUCAAAAGCUCUUUCAGAAACAAUCAUCGCAGCUCGUCUCGCAGUCUUCGUUUGAAAAACAUGCGCAAGGCGUCUACUCGCUGAUUGGCUCUUUCCAGUCUCCCUCUCGAUAUCGCUUAAAAAAAUGGUGGGAUUUCUCCAAGUGGAGAGUUGACAUUUACGGCAAAUGAUGGCAAUGUAUUCUUUUCCUCAAUUCCUUUUAAAAUCAUUCCAGAAGUGAGAAAAACAAAUCCCCUGUUCACAACUAAUACAAAAAACAUCCCUUAAGUGUACAAAUGACUGAAACAGAGGUCAAAAUGGGGAAUUCCUUGGGGCAGCCAUGGGGCUUCACGGGACAUUUUUAAAGGUAUUAUAAUAUUAAUGUAUGGUCACCAUAAUAAUGGGUUUCUUUUUGUACAGAAAUGACAGCAAUUCUUGACAAUUCCUGCCAAAAAGUGGAAAAUUAUAGCUUAUCAGGUUCUAUUUUCAUGGAAUUGUCUGGAAGAGUGCUAGCCACGAAUCAGCAUGAAUCAAUGACUUAACAUGUAGAUGUUUAAAUUCAGGGUUUUUGUGGAGAAAAUUUCAAAAUUAGGCCAUUUAUUGUAGUCAGUAACUCUGCAUUAUCGUCAUAGUAACUUUUCAAUCCCUGCCAAAAGUGCUAUGUUUCACCUUUUUAUAAUGACGGGUUAAUACUGGGUGUAGUUGUAAAAUUAUGUGAGUAGUUAUGUUGAUAUUUUCAGGGGAAGGUUAGUUGCUGAUCUGUUUGGAUAUGUCAAAACUGAGGCCCCAUUAGAGGGAUCUGAAUAUCCCACAUAUCAUAUAUAUAUCCCUUAAACUCAAGUUGCAAAAAUGAUUUUCCUUCAGGAUAUCUUGUUUUAUGCGAUCUUAAUAUUGAUCCCAGGUCCCAUAUCCCAUAUCCCAAAAACCCCUAAUCACUUUUGUCUAUAAUCCCUAGGGGGUGAUGGGUUGGAAAAACCCCUAAUAAGGCUUUCAAAUUACUUGAGUUUGUUGUGUAUAUACGUUAGGUUAGAUUUGAAAGUGGUGUAAAGAAUAGAUGUUACGAUGAGAAUUCUGUGCUAAUAGAGAGCCUGUCUUGUGCGUGAUGAAAUAAGAAAUCAUGAGACAAAAUGAGAAAGCUACAUGGCACUUAUACAACAUGAGAUAAUUUACUAAUUAUAAUUAAUAUUAAUAAUUGAUAAUAUUAACAAUUUAAUAAUUAUUUGAAGUUGCUAGAAGAGCAAUACUGCCUGGCUUUCUAGCGCCUUAAAAUAUACCAUUAUAAUUAACUCAAGUAGAACACUUGCAAACUGCAAAAGACUGAAAACUGAUAACCUUCCAGUUGAAACCACGACUACAAGGGGGCUUCACUGGGAGGUACAGGAAUUUCAUUAAUGGCUGGGUACCAGGCAAAUUGACUGGCUGAAAGGAUUAUUUUUGCCCACUUGCCCGCUUGACCAUCUAGAGGAAAGUUUUUCUUAUAAAGAAUAUCAGUUCAAAAUGCUCCCCCUGCCUGUGAAAACUGGUUGCCCUGGCUUCCUAAUUACAAUGUUGAUAAAACCACUGCAGGUCCACCUUUCCUAACUUUUUUUAUGUUUCUUUUUUGACAAAAAAAGUUAUAGGCCUUUUACACACUUUCCAUAGAAAAUGGUACCACACACUGUAGGCACACUUAAUUCUCUUUCUACUGGCUUGUGUUCUAUAACCCAGAAAAAUACUUAGGUGAAUAAGCUGUUACAUGUGGGUCCUUUCCAGUUUUAGAUGUUUUGAAAGAGUCUUUUAAAUAGCAAAAUAAACUUAUGAAGGCCCUACCCGUUUAUAUAACUACAGCCUGACUGAGGUACCCAUGUUGGGUGGAGCCUCCCCUUAUAUUCAGUUAUAGGCUACCUCCUACUCUCCAGUUCAGGCUCAGAAGAUGGAUGUUCCUAUUUUUUUUUUAACUGGUCAAAAAAAAAAAAAAAAAAAAACUUGUCAAAAUAAACUUUCUCUAGACUGACUUUUAACCGCCUAAGAAUUGUGCGGCUAAAUGACUAGGAUGUGCUUUGAGUCUCGUAAUUUACAGGGGACGGGAACAGGAGAGAAGAGGGAAGGAAUCGAAAGCGAGAGAGCAGAGUAGGGGAAACGGGCGGUUCUGACUCCAGUUUCGUUGGCCUGGCAAAUGCACGAGUGGCAAAGCCGGGAGAGGAGUGGGGUUAAGAUAAACUUUUCUCUAAAGUUGAGUUGUAAACACGACAUAUUGGAAGGGAGGUACCGGGAUUUCGGUCGGAAAAAACAAAGGAAAAUGGGACAACAUUUCCUUUGGUAGUGGGUAGAGUUUUUUCUUUGCAUAGUGUGUAUAUCGCCUUUUCGGGCCCUUUACAAUACCUUCUCACUGUAUUAACCUUCUAAACAGAAAUCACGAAAAAAAAAAUUCCUGAGUGGAUUGUUCUUUCGCGAUCUGUGCAGAAAAAAAAGAGAAAAGAAAAAAAGUUAUAUUUUUGAACAUUUUAUUACCCUCGUUGUUUUAGCAUCCGCCGAGGAGACAUGAGAAGACCGUUGUCACACCAGUCGGUGGCCAAUUUUUGAGUUAAAAAAAUUGAAAACAGACAAUAAUGUCCCAUCAACUUAAAAUUUGAAGCGCUUAGUGUCAAACGAAAGACGCAUGUCCGAUUAGAUGCUUUCUGUAAAAGUGAAUAACAAACACAAUGAGUGUAGGUAUCGAAUUUGACCACAAGUCACCUCGCAUGUAUCCGAUUUCUUGUCAGGCAUUCGCGUUUCCUGUCAAUUUGAGCCGGGUUCAGUGGAACUAUGUAAAAUCAACAUAGCUUGGAGCGUUUACAAUCCACGCCUUGAGAUAUACUUGAACUGAGUUGAGAGCAAGUAGAUCACUGAGGCUUUGAGUUCAAGUUCUUUUUUGCGACAGUGGUUACACGUAGAAAGCGUUUGGACAACGCGCUUCAGGCAACAGACGCGGUUAAUUGCCUUGGCGUUUCGUACACACGGCAGAGUUUUCUGCUCGAGUGCAUCACGUAAAGUGCUUGAUUGUUGUUUAAGACCACAAAAGGGCUCCAAAUGGCAUCGAGUAGUUUAAUCGCCUUGCUUUGUGUGAUGUUAUGGAGCGGUUCAUUGGGACAGAAGUUCAAUGUUAGCCAGGGCCAAGGCGAGACAAUUGAAGGUGUCCCAAGAAAACAAAUACUCACUGGGCCAAAUGUGUGUGGCGGACGAAUUAAUCCUUAUUGCUGCCCGGGUUGGCAACAAAGACCUUCUGUGGGACUCUGUAUCGUCCCUAUGUGCCGCUACGGCUGCGGGACCGGAGAGUGUUUUAGACCUGGCGUCUGUCGAUGUCCGAAUGGCGCGUAUAGUCCGUCAUGCAGCGGGGUUCAGGCGCAAGGGGAUCAAUGUAGCGUGUUGUGCUUCAAUGGUGGAACUUGCAACAAAGAUAACUGCACCUGUAAGAAUGGAUUCACGGGAAAGUUUUGCGAGUCACCCAUUUGCCAGGAGCAGUGUCUCAACGGUGGUCGCUGUGUUGGACCAGACAAGUGCGCAUGUCUUUAUGGGUUCACCGGAGACCGCUGUCAGCAAGAUUACAGAGUUGGUCCAUGUUACACCAAAGUAAGGAAUCGAAUGUGUCAUAACCAGUUACAGGGUGUGGUCUGCACGAGGCUCACGUGCUGUGCAACUAUUGGACAAGCUUGGGGGAAUCCAUGCGAGCGUUGUCCUGCCAAGCCUAAGCCCUGUGACCGAGGAUUUCUUCCAAAUUUUCGCAGCAAAGCAUGCCAAGACAUUGAUGAAUGCAAAGCCAUCCCAAAGAUCUGUGCGGGCGGGCGAUGUAUUAACUCUAUUGGGAGUUUCCGCUGCGAAUGUCCCGCCGGAAAAAAGCUUGACGCGGACUCACAGAAAUGCAUUGAUGUAGAUGAAUGCACCGAGAUCCCCGGCAUUUGUGCAAACGGUCGAUGUGAGAAUACAGUCCGCAGUUUUAGAUGUAUUUGCCAGGAAGGAUAUAUUCUGAAUCAGGACAGGAGCUUCUGUAUAAGGAAAAACUCCGGAUAUUGUUAUCAACGAGUGGUAAAUAAUUACUGUGUUGAUCAGUCGUCCACGAACACCACUAAGCACGAGUGCUGUUGCUCUGACAAGAAGCCAGCGGGCUGGGGACCACUCUGCGAACGAUGCCCCAACCAAGGAACACCUGAAUAUACAAUGUUGUGUCCAAAUGUUUCUAUACCAACGGACAAGCCUCCAGUCGAGGAGUGUCAAAAGCAAGGGGAUAUAUGCUCUAAUGGGAGGUGUAUAAACGUACCCAGCGGUUUCCAGUGCGUGUGUAACCAAGGCUACAUACUUGGACGAGACAACAUAUGUCUUGAUAUAGACGAGUGUUCUGCGAACUCUCUGCUAUGCAGAAAUGGCCGUUGUAUUAACACAGAAGGUAGUUAUAGGUGUGAGUGUAAUCCUGGGUACCAGAUCUCCUCUGAUAAAAAGAGCUGCACAACAGCAUAUGACGGUGCAUCGAGGGCCAUGGAAAAUACAGUUAUUGUAAAAACCCAUUGGAUUAGGCCUGCCUCUCGACAGUCACCUGUAGGUCUUAUAUUUAUUUGCGUUUCAUAUUUUUUAGAUAUAGACGAGUGUUCUGCGAACUCUCUGCUAUGCAGAAAUGGCCGUUGUAUUAACACAGAAGGUAGUUAUAGGUGUGAGUGUAAUCCUGGGUACCAGAUCUCCUCUGAUAAAAAGAGCUGCACAACAGGUGUGGACCCGUGCUCUCAGUCAGGUGUCUGCGAAAACGGUGUGUGUGUCAGAACAAGAGGUAGCUUUACAUGUCAGUGCCGGCGCGGAUACACACUCACAUCUGAUAAGAGAACUUGUAAAGAUAUUGAUGAGUGUCAGUCCCAGGGCGUCUGUGCCAACGGUCAGUGUAUUAACUACGCUGGAGGAUAUGAAUGCUCGUGUGGCCCUGGGUUCGAACCCAGUUCCGAUAUGCGAUACUGCGUCGAUAUAGACGAAUGUCGGCUUCUUCCAGGACGCUGUGAGAACGGCGCAUGCCAGAACACUCGUGGAUCAUACCGCUGUACCUGUAACAAAGGAUUCGAGGGCACAGUGGAUCAAAACGUUUGCAAAGAUAUCGAUGAGUGUAAACAAGAUAAUAUAUGCAAGAACGGUCGUUGUAUGAACGAGCCAGGAACCUUUAAAUGUGUUUGUGACCGUGGAUUCACUCCAAGUUCAGAUGGCAAGGCUUGUCUAGAUACAACACUUGGUCGCUGCUACGCGAAGGUGGAGGGAAGCAGAUGUUCAGAGCCGCUAAUGAGAUUUUUAACAUUAUCGCAGUGCUGUUGUGGAAUGGAGAAUGGAGGCCAGAGGGGAUGGGACGAUCCUUGUACUCCUUGUCCACUCAAGGGCACGGCGAGAUACAAUCGUGUCUGCUGUAAGGGACCUGGGAUGACCUGCGGUGGAGAAGAUGUGGAUGAAUGUGUGAAUAACGCUGGGAUGAAGAAGGACGUGUGCACAAAUGGACAAUGUCAAAACACCAUGAAGGAUUACAUUUGUGUUUGUAAUGCAGGCUUCAGGAGUGAUGUCACUAAGAAGCUAUGCAACGAUAUUGAUGAAUGCAGAGAGGACCCUCGCCUCUGUCAAGGUGGAAUCUGUCAAAACAUACCAGGAGCUUUCUCCUGUGAUUGUCCAAAAGGCUUCCAACUAAAUAGAACAUCAAGAAUCUGCCAAGACAUUGAUGAAUGUGCCUUUGAGGGGCAAUGUAUCGACGGAACUUGUAUAAACUCCCCUGGGAAUUUCCGUUGUCAGUGUCCCCCAAAUUACAAACUCGACACAUCAGGCAGGAUUUGUAAAGGUAACUAUGAACGUUGUGCUAUAGGAUAUGCCAUUCAGGACGAGCCCCGAUGCACAGAUAUUGACGAGUGUACUCAGUUUCCUGGCUUGUGCAACAAUGGGAUUUGUCGUAACACUCUUGGCAGUUUUGCCUGUGAAUGUUCAGAAGGCCUCACUUUGGACGCGACACAACGAAACUGUGUGGAUCUUCGUGAAGACGUCUGCUAUGGUUCUGUGACCUCUAGUGGCUGCGACAAACCUUACGGCGGACGCUACAAGAAAGUCGACUGCUGUUGCUCCGUGGUAGGCGGCGGCUGGGGUAAUCCGUGCCAGGAAUGUCCGCUGGAAAACACAGACGAAUUUGAAGCCCUUUGCGGCAAUCGAAAGAAGGGAUUCAAGAUUGUGGAAACUUUGACCGGACCACGAGUUCAAGGUUUGUAUUUUUUUCUCACGGGAGGAUUCCAAUGUGAAUGCAAACAAGGAUAUGCUCUGGAUGACGCAGGAAAGGACUGCUUAGAUAUUGAUGAAUGUCGUAUCUCGUCCGACUUGUGUGGUAAUGGUACCUGCACCAAUAUUGCUGGCAGUUUCCGAUGUGACUGCUUCACAGGAUUUGAGAAUGCUCCCAUGAUGAUGGAGGUCUGUGUGGACACCGACGAAUGUGAGAAUAAUCCAUGUGCAGAUGGCACAUGUGUGAACACUGUGGGAAGCUACAAGUGUAUUUGUCCAAACGGCAUGGAGCUCAUGAAGGAUGGCGUCACUUGUGAAGACAAAAAUGAGUGUUCUGAUCCAAGCAGGUGUCUUCAUGGUGUUUGUCAAAACUAUGGUGGAGGUUAUCAGUGUUCGUGUAACCCUGGUUUCGUGGUCACGGAGGACAUGAAAGACUGUGUCGGUCAGUAUCACAAUACAAUUUUUCUUAUCAGAAAGUUCUCUAUACUUUAUUCUUUUCCAGAUGUAGACGAAUGUCAAAAUGACCCUCAAUUGUGUAGUAAUGGCGUUUGUCGUAACACUCCUGGCUCGUUUGAGUGUCUGUGUGGUGUUGGAUACGUCCUGGCCAAAGGAACAACUGCCUGUAUUGAUGUGGAUGAGUGUGAAAUAGACCUGGCCCAGUGCGGUGGAAAUGCUUACUGUACCAACACCAUAGGCAGCUUCCUUUGCACUUGUAAACCGGGAUUCGCUGGAAGCGAUAAUGAGUGCAUCGAUAUCGACGAAUGUACUACAGGCGCUGCCCAGUGUCACUAUAAUGCCACGUGUGUCAACAUCCCAGGCUCUUUCAGCUGUGUUUGUGAGCCAGGUUACACAGGAGAUGGCAUAAUCUGUAAUGAUAUAGACGAGUGUCUUAAUGAGGACAGUCUCUGCGAACACGGACAGUGUACCAACAAGGCUGGCUCUUAUGAAUGCGAGUGUGAGAUUGGCUACAUACCAGCUGACGAUAAAAAGAGUUGUGUCGAUAUUGACGAGUGUCAAAUGUUUCCCUUGUGUAAACAUGGCCGUUGUGAAAACAUGCCGGGAAUGUUUCGUUGCAUUUGCGAUGACGGCUUUCAGCUGGAUAAACAAGGAACAAACUGUACAGAUAUCGAUGAAUGUUCCGUGACUGGGAUGUGCAUCAACGGUCGGUGCGUGAACGANCUGUCAGAGAUGUCAGAUGUCAUAUGUCAGAUGCCAGAUGUCGUAUGUCGUAUAUCAGAUGUCAUAUAUAUUGACGAGUGUCAAAUGUUUCCCUUGUGUAAACAUGGCCGCUGUGAAAACAUGCCGGGAAUGUUUCGUUGCAUUUGCGAUGACGGCUUUCAGCUGGAUAAACAAGGAACAAACUGUACAGAUAUCGAUGAAUGUUCCGUGACUGGGAUGUGCAUCAACGGUCGGUGCGUGAACGAGAUGGAUAUUGACGAGUGUCAAAUGUUUCCCUUGUGUAAACAUGGCCGUUGUGAAAACAUGCCGGGAAUGUUUCGUUGCAUUUGCGAUGACGGCUUUCAACUGGAUAAACAAGGAACAAACUGUACAGAUAUCGAUGAAUGUUCCGUGACUGGGAUGUGCAUCAACGGUCGGUGCGUGAACGANGAAAUGUUUCCCUUGUGUAAACAUGGCCGUUGUGAAAACAUGCCGGGAAUGUUUCGUUGCAUUUGCGAUGACGGCUUUCAGCUGGAUAAACAAGGAACAAACUGUACAGAUAUCGAUGAAUGUUCCGUGACUGGGAUGUGCAUCAACGGUCGGUGCGUGAACGAGAUGGGUACAUACCGCUGUGAAUGUGACGGCGACUUCAUUCCUAAUCCCGAAGGCACAGGAUGCAUUGACAUGCGCAAAGGCCAGUGUCAUUUGAGUGUUGUGAACGACACGUGUGUGAACCCGCUGCCAUCAGCUUACCGCGCUGUUUGCUGUUGUACGUCAGGAAAGGCCUGGGGAGAGCCAUGCGAACCGUGUCCUCAGAAAGGAACUGAGGAGUUUCUUCGUCUCUGUCCCGGUGGAAUAGGAUUUGUUCCUGAUCCAUACACUCUUGUCAUUAAAGAUGUCGAUGAAUGCCAGGAACUUCCAGGAGUUUGUAGUCAAGGACGGUGUAUAAACACACUUGGAAGUUUCAACUGCUUCUGUCCUCAAGGAUUCAAACACGACAUUACAACUGGAAAAUGCAUCGAUGUGGACGAGUGUAAAGACAUUGCAUUCAUUUGUGGCCUGGACGGUAUAUGCAUCAACAAGAAUGGCAGUUACGAUUGUGUGUGUCCCGAGGGACAGAAACCAAACCCGAAGGACAAGCGCUGUGAAGACAUGCGACAACAGCAAUGUUUCAUGGACGUGGAAGGCGAGACGACUUCCAAACCAGUUUGUAAGGGCCAGUUUUCAAAGAACGUGACGCGGACUGACUGUUGUUGCACUGGAGUGGGUGUGGCAUACGGCUCUGAGUGUAGACUGUGCCCCAAGGGAAAAACAAUCGAGUGGGUAGCCUUAUGCCUGGGUGUGAAGUUUGUAACGCCAACUACAAGUGUACUAGUAACCCCAUCCUCACCUGACCCCCCUGAGGUCGUUCACCCCAACGGAACAAUAUUUCCUGUUGGCACCACGACAACGCCAACCACCGCAGCCCCGCAAACUAGAGGUAAUGUAAUAACCAGGAAAUAUUACGCCCGCUCGGGUAGCCAAUCACAGCGCAGGGUUCGGUUCAUCUUGCCUGCUCUCGGAGCGAGCCAUUUAAUAACUGUUCUAUGUUGUGACCUGUUUACAGAUAUCGAUGAAUGUUCUACGCUGGUGGGUGUUUGUCGUAAUGGACGUUGCAUGAAUUUCAUUGGAGGGUUCAGUUGUGACUGUAUCCCGGGUUACACUCCUACUCCGGAUAAAACCCGAUGCAGAGAUAUCAACGAAUGCACAGAAGUACCUGGAUUUUGCGAGAAUGGUAUCUGUACAAACACUAUUGGCGGCUCACGGUGCGAGUGCACCACGGGAUACAAACUCAACGUGGCGGGGAAUGCUUGUGUAGACGUGAACGAAUGUGAUGCUAAUCCGAACUAUUGUCAAGUUGGAGGUCAGUGUGUGAAUACUCCUGGAAGUUACCGCUGUCUCUGUAAAGAAGGUUACGAAGUCGGUAAUGGAGGAAGCCACUGUAUUGAUGUACGAGUGGGCUUCUGUUUUGACAAGUUUGACGAGGACGGUUGCACCAAUCCCAAAGGACGCGAGAUGAGGAAGUCCGUGUGCUGUUGUACCAUGGGGGCUGGCUGGGGUGAUCCAUGUGAACUGUGCCCGCGGAAAAACACGUCUGAUUUUGCCCUCAUUUGUCCAAACGGUGUUGGUUUUGUAAUGAACAAACACGGUGUUACUGAUGUGAACGAAUGUCUACACAUCACGUCACUUUGUGAGAAUGGAGAAUGUGUUAACAAUGAUGGAAGCUAUCGGUGUAAAUGCAAGAUGGGAUAUCAGCUGGAUGAAACUGGAAAGAAAUGUGUUGAUGAGGAUGAAUGUCUGAUAUCUGGUGUAUGCGGUAAUGGAGUCUGUUCCAACACUGAAGGUUCCUAUCAAUGCACGUGUCCAAAAGGCUAUGCCCCGGGCCGCUAUUCACCUCGAUGUGUCGAUGUCAAUGAAUGCGCAGAAAACAACGAUCUUUGCGCGUACCGCUGUGUGAAUCAGCCAGGAAGCUAUCGUUGUAUUUGUCCGCGAGGAUUUGACAUGGCCGCGGACAAAAAACACUGCAGAGAUAUCAACGAGUGUCGAGAAAACAGCAGGUUGUGUCCUUUCGUUUGUAAGAACUUUAUCGGCGGAUAUAGGUGUCGGUGUCCCCCUGGAUUUAGAGGAGAUGGGCAAAAUUGUCGAGAUAUCGACGAAUGUAGAGAGCGAUCAGAUCUCUGUAAAAAUGGAGUAUGUAGAAACCUCGCGGGAACUUAUAUCUGUGAUUGUGACUCGGGAUACGUGCGAAGUGCGGAUGGAAAGGAAUGUGAAGAUACGAGGAAGGGGCUUUGCUUCGCUGUCGUCACGAACAACAUGUGUGAAGCUGUCACAAAGGAGAUGAUGCAAGUUCGCAAAAAGGAAUGCUGUUGUACAGCCGGGAAGGCAUGGGGCACAGACUGCCAACUGUGUCCGAGGCGAGGAACUGUGGAGUAUGUUAACUUGUGUCAGAAAAUCGCGCAGGUUAAGGAAAAUAUGACUAAGAUCUGUGAGAUGAUUCCUGGCUUGUGUCGAAAUGGCAAGUGUAUCAAUAUUCGUGGGGGAUACCGCUGCAUGUGUAACGCGGGCUAUAAGCUCACUAUGGACGCAAAGCGCUGCUUAGAUAUCGAUGAGUGCGCAAUAGAUUCCAGUAUUUGUCAGUUUACUUGUGCAAACACAGAUGGUUCUUACAGGUGUAGCUGUCCUGUUGGUUAUGUGCUGAGAGCAGACAAAAAAACAUGCAUUGAUGAUGACGAAUGUACAACUGGUCGACAUAACUGCCAGCAUAGCUGUAUAAACACUGUUGGAAGUUUCCAGUGUGGCUGUCCUGAUGGCUACAUGAAAAAUGGAAUCACGUGUGUAGAUAAAGAUGAAUGUAUGACAGAUAACAAUAUCUGUGGAUUUGGUAUGUGCGAGAACUUGGCAGGGUCUUACAGAUGCGUGUGUAACCGGGGGUACAGGUAUAAUGAGACAACCAAGAAAUGCGUCGGCAACAAUCCAUGCGCAACUGGAAACGUGUGCCAAUACGGAUGCCAGCUGGGUGGAUAUCGUUGUAGAUGUCCCCCCGGAUUUACUCAGGAUUUUUAUUACAAUCAGUGCGUUGAUAUAAAUGAAUGUCACAGCAGCCUGACUUGCGGACUAGCUCAGUGCAGGAACACCUUAGGAGCGUUCUACUGUACCUGUCAACAUGGAUAUGUGCUGAAACCAGAUGGUCGCUCAUGUCAAGACAUGAACGAGUGCGCCCUGGGACUGAGUCCUUGCAGCUUUGGAUGCGACAACAAACUAGGCGGAUAUAGCUGCCGAUGUCCACGCAAUUAUCAUCCCAUAGGGGGAGGACAUUGUUUGUCGCCUUACGGAGAAGCUUGUUACGAGUGUGCGCUGUCCAAAGGGAACAAUGGCGACAAAGGAGUGCCUCUGGUGGAGAGAAACGAAACAGGAAGCCAGUUCCAGUCCUCUCCACGGUACCGUAUUGUGCCAGCGAGUAGCGGUGGUUAUGGGCAGCAGUUACUUUAUGGCGGAAACCAAAGGUAUGGUCAACAACAACAGCAAGGACUUGGCUAUCAGUCACAGUCCUACAAUCAACAGGGUUACAGCCAACAGAACUGGCAAACAGCACAACAGAACAAUGGAUUUCAAUACUCUUUCACUCCUUCGGGAAGCCAGCGAAAACGCCGAUCUGCGCGACACCGAAUGGAAAAAUUCACUAUCCAAAUUCCCGCCAACAUUACUUCCGCUAAGCCAAUCCUAACGCUCGUACCAGUGCUCUCAGAAUUUAACGGAACAUUUAACUACGUCAUCGUUCACGGAAACACGAGUUUGUUUAAAGUGGACGAGAAUAAGGGCGUUUCGUUUCUUUACAUUAAAACUCCGCUUCAUCGCAAAGGCGUUUUUCGACUGUGGAUUAAAGGUGUAAUGCGCGAGCCAAAAGAGAAGCAAAGAGAUUCCAAGUCAAAAGGCAAGGAAGAAACACAAGCAAAACCAUCAAGAGCCAAAAAGGAUUACAAAGGUCGACAGGAAAAUGGAACGAAGAGACAACAUCACCCACUAGGAUAUAACGAAGCUAAGAAGUUUUCGCUCCAUCUUGUUAUAAAGGCAGUAUAACUGAGCUAUAGUUAUUUAGGGACUAUUUUUAUUUGAGCUUCGUUUAAUUGUUUUAUUUUGUAAAAAGACGCUAUACUCAGCCACUUUUUGUCCAUGUUACACGAGUCUUGCGGAUCAUAAAAGUCCAAUAUAACGAGGAACGUAAACCUUUUCUUUCUUUAUGAAAACGUGAACUGAUGCUCUUCAUACUCCAGGGUUCUGAGUUUGUUAUUAGGGAGCUUAAGCAAACCACGACGACGACAGCAACGAGAACGUCACUAAACAAAAGGUUUAAUGAGCAAAA